GAAGCAUCAAAGGCUGCAGGCUGGUUGGAUUAUUCACUUUCACAAUUCUUUAGUUCUCAACCUUUCUUUUGGAUUCCCAUUCAUCGGCUCAGCUCAUCACCACUGGUGGCGUGACGGAGACAGGUCAGCAGUGUCAGCAACAGCACUGAGCAAAGUAACCAAGGCUCACCUCUUGUCUCAUGCACAUCACAACAACAGCGACAAACCAGGGACAGAACUCAUGUCGUUAGAUACCAGCCGCCCAUUUUGGGCCUACCCACAGCCCUUGAAAGGGCCAGAUCGCCCUUACAAACCAGAGCACCAGAACAAUCCAGCCAUACGAGGAUGGCUGCUGGUGCUCGCUGUCUACGUGAUGGAGCUGAUUCGCCCCGUCCGCGAGGUGAUCUGGGCCAACGCCGGCUUCUCGUCCCUGCGUAGGCUGCGUUCCGAGCUUGAGGACUAUGAGCCGCUCCAUGACCCGACUGUUGUCCCUGUAGACCAUGAGUUUCUCAAUUCUGGCAAUGGUGACAAUCAGAAUAACAACAACGGCGACGACGCCUCGACCUACCGCAAUCUCUACCUCAGUGGAGAACUCACCCCCACCGACGUAGCUAAGGCCAUCCUGCCCCUGAUCAGGCGAGACAUCGAGCCCAAGGGACCCCACCACCUCUACUUCUUCGAGAGCAAGGCCAAUCUCGUGCUCCAGGCCGCAGAGGCGUCAACCCAGCGGUACCGCGAGAGCCGCUCGAUCGGUCCACUGGACGGUGUGCCGUGUGCCAUCAAGGACGAGUACGACCUGGAUGGGUACAAGAGCUGUCUCGGUUCUGCGAACGACUACACGGCGGAACCCCGGGCUCUCAACGACAGCAUCACGUCGUGGUGCGUCCGGAAACUCCAAGAGGCAGGCGUCGUCAUCGUGGGCAAGACGAGCAUGCACGAAUUUGGCAUGGAUACUACAGGCAACCAGCCCAUCUGGGGAACGCCUCGAAACCCCUUCAACCAGGAUUACUACACAGGAGGGUCCUCCUCAGGCACAGGCGGUGCCAUAGGCCUCGGCCUCAUCCCCAUCGGUCUCGGGUCCGACGGCGGCGGCAGCAUCAGGAUCCCCUCCAGCUACUGCAACAUCUUUGGCCUGAAGCCCACGCACAACCGCGUCUCGUUCUGGCCGAGCGAGAAUCAUAGCAACACCUGCGCCGUGCUGGGCCCCAUGGCCUGUGAUGUCGCGUCCCUGGCUGCCGUCUUCGAGGUCAUCGCCCAGCCACACCCGGCCUCGCCUUUUGGCUUUCCCCAUGUGCCGAGGGUGCUGUCUGCCGCGAGGCUGCUCGAAGUGGACUACGCCCCGGAUCGGCCCAAGGUUCUGGGGGUGUGCAGGGCUUGGUUUGAUGACUGCGCGCCGGCCGUGCGGGAGCUGUGUCGGGACAUGGUCGACAGGCUGGUGGCGGAGGGCGGGUAUAAGGUUGUGGAGGUCGAGAUUCCGUUCUUGAAGGAGGGCCAGAUUGCUCAUGCCAUGACGGUGUUGACGGAUGCGUCGACGUUGUUGCCCAAGUAUGAUAACCUGACAUGGGGAAAUCGCAUCCUACUAGCCCUAGGCAGGACAACCCCGGCCACGGACUACCUCCUCGCCCAAAAACUCCGCCGCUGCCUAAUGAUGCACCUUUCCCACCUCUGGUCCCAGCACCCAGGCAUGCUCCUCGUCACCCCGACCACCGCCUGCGCAGGCUGGCGCAUCCACGACGAGAAAGGGGAGCUCCGCUACGGCCUGACCGACGGCGACAAGACCAUCGAGAGCAUGCGGUAUGUGUGGUUGGCCAACUUUUGUGGGCUGCCCAGCAUCAGUGUUCCUGCUGGGUAUGCGAGUCCUGGUGACGGCAAGGGGGACAAAGGAGGACUGAAGGUCGCUGGGAAGGGAACGCUGGGCAAGAUUCCUGUGGGAUUGAUGGCUACUGGAGAGUGGGCAGAUGAGAAGAGCCUGGUGGAGUUUGGGGUGGAGGCGGAAAGGGUGGGAAGGGAGACGAGGGAGAGGCCGGCGCGGUGGGUGGAUGUUGUUGAGCUGGCGCGACAGAGAGAGGAGAGGGAGUAGAGUGGUGAGUGUGUCGGUGAAUCUUCCUGCUCAAGACAGGUUGCCAUGCCUUAGUGUUGCUGUGGAUGUUGUUGUAUAUAGAAGCGAUAAGGAGCGGUAGACGAUGAGAGGCUUAGACAGCAGUAGCAGAUACACCAAAAGACAAAGACAGUCACAGACUCACAGACACAUAUUCCUAAACUAUAUUUAUCCC